AUGUUAUGCGGUUAUGAAAAAUAUAAAAAAGAUACUACAAAUAAACGAUUUGACAAAACAUGGUGUGAUAUUCCUACUGAAGAUAAAACUCCUCAAUUUUUAAGAUGGUUACUUGAAUGGGGUGAACAAGCAUGUAGAGAAAAACUACAACUGUCCAAAGAUCUAAAGACAAAGUGUAAUCAUAUGUUUGAUGAAUAUAAAAAGUCUGGUAUAGGAGAAAUAGAAAACACUAAAUGUAGAUCAAUAAUUAAUGACUAUAUGAAUUGGUAUUAUAAGCGAAAUCCAGAAUGGAACCAACUAUCUAAAAAAUAUAAUACAUUUAUACAAGAAAAUUCGACCGGUAAUACUAAAGCAACUGAAAAAACUGCUCAGGAAUAUAUAAAAGAUAAAUGCGUAAAUUGUGAUUGUAAUUUAAACGAUUUGAAUGAGAUAAGCAAAGUUUCUGAUAAUAAAGAAGAAUUAUUGAAAGAAUUGAUUAGUAUAUCCGACUAUGAUAGCACUGGCCCAAAUUCAAUCAUGAAAAAAAUAGUCAAGAUAUCUAAAUUUGAUCGUACAACUGUUCGAAAAACUAAAGAUUUCUUAAUGGAUACGUUUCAAAAAGGGUUAAACUAUUCUAUUUUGGGCACAAAAAUUGGAAUAAUAGGAGGAAUAUUUGGUUUAGACACUGUUGUGAAUAAAAUUAAAGAAAUUACCGAUAACAUAAACUCAUCAAUAUCACAAGAGACUAAGAAAUCUUCUCAAAAUAUACCUGCACAAACUCUAAUACCGGCUAGAAAAACAAAUCCAUCCACUGGUAAAUCACUUCCGCUCCAGGAAACUCUAUCACAAUACGUUAUUCCCACAACAGUUAUAUCUGUUGUUGGAGGAACAGUUCUUGGAUUAAUUUUAUACAAG